UGGAGGGUGCGGCGGGGGCCCGCCCCGAGAGUCUCUUUUAACCAAGUGGGAGGGACCUCAUCGCCUCCCUCCUCCUCCUCCCCGCCCUCAGUCAAGCCCCUUUCUGGACUUUGCUCAAGACUGCAGGUGACAGCCGAGGCCUGGGCUUUGGCCCUGAAGUGAGUAGGCCUUCCUUGGGCUUCUAGUGCCAUGGCUGCCCCCUCCCUGCUUCUGGGCAUCGACCUGGGCACCACAUCGGUCAAGGCCACCCUGGUGGAAGUGGCAGGGGGAGCUGAGCAGAAGCCCCGGGUGACCGCCAGCUGUACCAGGGGGUCCCAGGCUGAGGUGGCAAGCCCGGCUGUUGGGCCAAAGGGAAGAGAGCAGGAUGUGCAGAAGGUCAUCCAAGCAUUGAAUGAAUGUCUCUCUGCUCUCCCGAUACAGCAACUCCAGAGGGUUUGUUGCAUUGGGAUUUCAGGACAGAUGCAUGGAGUGAUGUUUUGGAAAACCAAUCAAGGGUGCGAGUGGAAAGGAAGUGGAGCUAGUUGUGUAUUUGAGCCCAAAGAAGUCAGUCAUCUGAUCACAUGGCAAGAUGGCCGCUGUAGCAGCAGUUUCCUGGCUUCCCUUCCACCACCUCAGUCUCAUCUCAGCGUGGCCACUGGAUUUGGGUGUGCAACAAUAUACUGGCAUCUGAGGAACAGCCCAGAGUUUCUGACGUCCUACAGCGCGGCUGGGACCAUCCAUGACUACGUGGUGGCGAUGUUGUGUGGCCUGAAGAAACCCCUGAUGUCUGACCAGAAUGCCGCGAGCUGGGGUUAUUUCAGUACCAGAAGUAGGACAUGGAAUUCAGAAAUUUUGAGCCGCUCUGGCUUUCCCGUGCACCUGCUCCCUGACCUCGCAGCACCUGGCAGUGUGGCAGGUCGAACAUCUCAAGACUGGUGUGGGAUCCCAAAAGGAACCGAAGUGGGAGUGGCUCUGGGGGAUUUCCAGUGCUCGGUCUAUUCCUGUAUGACCCAGAGGACGGAUGCAGUUCUCAACAUCAGCACCUCUGCUCAGCUGUCAGCCGCCAUGCCGUCUGGAUUCCAGCCCACCCAGACCCCAGACCCCUCAGCACCGAUUGCCUACUUUCCCUACUUCGGUGGGAGCUACUUGGGCGUGGCAGCAUCUCUCAACGGAGGCAAUGUGCUGGCGACGUUUGUCAGCAUGCUGUUGCAGUGGACGGCAGAGCUAGGGUUGGAAGUUUUGGAAUCCUCUGUGUAUUCACAAAUGAUCCAAGCAGCCUUAACCCAGAUGGACACCACCCUCACCAUCACCCCGACCAUAUCCGGAGAGAGACAUGUGCCGGAUCAACUGGCUUCAGCGACUGGUAUUGCUGCCUCAAACCUUUCCCUCGGUCAUGUGACCAGAGCCCUGUGCCAGGGCAUCAUUCACAACCUUCAGACCAUGCUUCCAUUUCAGCAGCUGAGAGAGUGGGGCGUGGAGCGAGUGGUUGGGAGUGGCAGUGCGCUCUCCCGGAAUGAGGUACUGAGGCAGGAAGUGGAGAAAGCUUUUCCGGUCCCUGUAUUCUUUGGCCGGGAUGUGGACGCAGCCCUAGGUGCUGCUCUUGUCAUGCUUCAAGAGAAACUAAACUAAAAACAGGACGCUAA